GGCAAACAAGAUUGUGCCGUUCUUUGCACUAUUAAAAUUUUCUUUGAAAGGGUUCCUCCGUGUUGGGAAUUGGCUGAAGAUAUUAAUUUUUUUUUUCUUCUGCAAAAAGGGCUCCUCCGUGUUGAACCGAUUCAGGGCAUGCCCCUGAGACUAGUGCCACUCCCUGCUUUCGAUCUAGUAUCGAAACCAGUCCAUCUUCCAAGAGCUUGCGAUGCUGAGCGGCUGACUAUUUAACGAGUGAAGACUGCAGAGGGAUAACACGAGAGCACACCGGUCUGUCAUCUGGCUUCUUCCACUUUGAAGGAGUCUGGCUGAGUUUGAAGUAUUUACGGUGACUUCCAUUGGAAUCACCAAAUACGACUGAAUGUGAAUCCCAUGAAGAUUCUACAAGACAAAAAAGAGCACGAGUUGAUUCAACACCAAAGCCACCUACUAGUCAAGCUAGGAGUAUAUUCUGGUCGGAGUGUGUUAAAGGGACAAGGACCUUAAAAGAUGGACGCAUUCAGCAAAUAGGAAUAUGUAAGCAUUGUAAAGCUGAGAUUCCUACAGUUGGUGGAAGUACAAGCGGGUUAAAAAAUCAUUUGACCAAGAGAUGCAAGUCCAGUCCAAUGUAUGAAGGUAAUCAGAGUGAUAAAAGUCAAUCAAUAUUGACUAGUGAGGCUAUGGGGGCAUAUUAGUGCUUUAACUUCUCAUACUUUUAAUAAAAAAAGAUGUGAGUUAAAGAUCACCGAGUUUGUGAUUAUAGAUGAAAUGUCUUUUCGGUGUGUUGAAGGAAAGGGUUUUGUGAGUUUACUUCAUGAACUGCAACCACGAUUUAGAAUCCCUGAUCGAAAGAAAGUUGCUAGGAUGGUUUAUGAUACAUGGACAUCCAUACAGAAUAUUAAUUACAUGGUAAUUACUGCACAUUUUUUGGAUGCCGAUUGGAAGUUACAUAAAAGAAUAAUUAACUUCACCAAAAUUACUAGUCAUGCGGGGGAAGAAAUUGGAAAAAUGGUUGAGGGUUGUCUGCGAGAGUGGGGGAUAGAAAAAGUAUUUUCAAUAGUGGUUGAUAAUGCAUCUUCAAAUGAUACUGCCAUUGAUUACUUGAAAAAAAAGGAUGAAAAGUGAGAACUCAUUAUUGUUUGAAGGAAAAUACUUACACCUGAGAUGUGCAUGUCAUAUACUUAACUUAAUUAUUAAAGAUGGCCUGAAAGAGCUUUGUGAUUCAAUUAAAGCUAUAAGGAAUUCUGUUGUGUUUAUUCAUUCUUCCCAGGCUAGGUUGAGUAAGUUUAGAGAGUAUGCUGUGCUAGCUAAUUUUUCUAGUACCUCGACAGUACCUAUGGAUAUUAAGACAAGGUGGAACGCAACUUAUAAGAUGCUUGAAGUUGCGUUGAAGUUUAGAAGAGUGUUUGAGAGGAUGGAUGAAGAGUCUUUACCUUUCAUGAUUUUUUUUACUGAAAAAACUGAAAAGGGGAAAGUCAGGGUUGGACCUCCAAAUUCUGAAAAUUGGGAGCGUGCAAAAGCGUUUGUGCACUUUCUGAAAAAAUUCUAUGAUGCUACUUUAGAACUAAGUGCAACAAAAACACCAACUUCCCAGUUAAUCUAUCAGUCAAUGAUAGCACUUCAAAUUGAGAUUGAGAAAAGGAAAACUGAUGAUUCUGACCCAACACUUAAAGAGGUUGCAAGUGCAAUGAUGCUGAAAUUUAAGAAGUAUUGGGGAACAUGGGACAAUAUGAAUCCUUUGAUUUUUAUUAGUAAUGUCUUAGAUCCAAGAAAUAAGUUUCAAAUGAUCAAAGUUAGCCUUAAAAAAAUUGAAACAACUACUAGAACUGUCCAAGACUCUUCUACAACUGUCCAAGACUUUGUUGAUAAGAUUAAGAAUGAUUUGGUGAGUUUGUGGAUGGAAUACAAAGGAAUGCAUGACUUUUUGAAUGGUGAGAGGCAGAAUAUGCAAGGAGCGCGAGAGGGUGGGUGUGAUACCUUAAACAGUGGGGAUGGUCUUUGGGAUGAAUUAUUUAAUGAGGUUGAAGCUCAAAAUGAACAAGAACAGUUACAGGAGAUUUCCAAUGAGGUGGAUAAAUACCUAGCGGAUGACAUUGAAAAAAGAUCUAACCAGUCUUUUAAUCUUUUGGAGUGGUGGAAAGAGAGUGAAACUAGGUACCCAAUGCUUGCUUUUAUUGUCAAGGAUAUUUUUGCGAUUCCAAGCUCAACGGUGGCUAGUGAAUCUGCCUUUAUUCUGGGUAAAAGGGUCGUGGAUCCCUUUAGAAGUAGUUUGAGUCCAAAGAUGGUUGAAGCAUUAAUAUGCACAAAUGAUUGGCUUAGAGCGGAGGAGUUCUCUUUUUAUAAGGAUCCAACCGAUGAUGAACUUGAUUUAUAUAAAGAAAUUGAAGAAAUUGAAAAGAUUGCAGAAAGUACUCAAGGCUGUUCUAAAUCUUUAUGUGACAUCUAGAAAUGUGAGCUUCAUACGGGUGUUGUCCCAUACACCGAUCUUCGUGCAGAAGCACAUGUUGGUUUCUCCUUUUGUCAAACUUCAUACAUUGAGGUUCUUUAGUUUUUCUAACACUUGAUAUCUCCGUAUUAAUACUCUUGAAUUGUAGUGGAUGAGUCUUACGGUGUGGGUCGUGUGGCUGAUCCCAUGUGGCAACACAAAUAAGUUUACAUCAGUCUGCACUGCCUAUGAUAUUCUUGCUCUUAGUUUUUGAGAUAAGAAUUGUUCAUUAAGGGGAAAAAGUAUGUAGGGACUUAACUAGGGUGAUGGAACUUUGUUCAUCUCUAAUUCUUUCUUCUAAAGAUCCUACUUUUCUGUUUUCUGCCGGGGAAGUGGUGAACAAAUUACACAAACGAGGAGACGAACUGCAUCAGGCUAAGGAGUGGAGGAUGCUGCAUGAACCAACGUCUUAUGUUAUUUAAACAUUAACUUUUGUCUUUGGUUAUUUUGGAAAAAUGUUUAUGUAUGGUGCAUGAAAACUUGUUUUUGUGUAAUGGGAACUUAUUAUGGUCUUUUUAAAUGGAUGUGACCUUACUCUUGUGUUAAAAUUCAUUAUAAUGUAUCUCAUUCGGUAUGGUACGGUAAUACCGAAAAUUUCGGUAUACCGAUUCUUCGGUAUGGUAAGGUAUGAGACUUUUGUCAAACCGAUAUUUCGGUAUACCGAAACACGGUAUACCGAAAGUCCCGGUUCGGUAUCGGUAUAAAAAUUUGGCAUACCGGAUUUUCGGUAUGGUAUACGGUAUAUGAUGAAAUUUUCGGUAUACCAUAUCGAACCAGCCCUAAACUUGACAUCCGGCCCCUCGUCCACUGCUGUCUCUCAGCCUCCCCCCGUCGUCCAAGACUCCCGGAAGAAGCAGUCUGGAAAGGAGUUGGUCCGGAAGGGAGGCGUCUUCAACGAGGUUGUUGAGGGCCACGACGUGAUCUCGCAAGCCGUCCUAAUCGAGGACCGGACCUAUCUUGACAAGCUCGAAAACGUCAGGAUCUACGACGGAGGGAUGGACCUCAUCGUCCAAGGGGCCUUCAUGCUGAUGGAGAGCCACAAGAGGCAGCAGCAAGAAAUUGCUCGGCUGAAGGAAGCUGAGCAGAAGGCUGCUUCGGCCGAGGAGGCCAUGAAUUGCCUAGAGCGGCUACGGGGCGAGGUGGAGGCCCUGAAGAAGAGAGCUGACGAGGCCGAUGCGGCCUACUGCCAAGUGGCUGCUGACAGGGACGAUGCCCUGACCAAGCUCGCCGGUGAGAAAGAGGCCCGCGAGGCUGAUCGCCUUCGUGCUGAUGAGGCUGAGAAAGCCAAAGCUGAGGCCGAGAAGGCCGCCGAUGCUGCCAUCGAGAAGUUUCUGGCCGAUGGCUGGAAGGCUGGGGAGCAUCGGCCUUGGUGCUAUGAGCUUGUGGCGGCCAGGCUCGAAGAUUGGGGCCAGAACUCUCUUGCUGGCCAGGAGUACUUUGAGAGGGAGAUGUCGGUUUACUACGACAUGGGCCAGCAACGGAUGCAGCGGCUGAUCUACCAGAGGCUUCAUCGGCGCUUCACAGAGCUAAAGCUGAUGAAGAAGUUUGCCGCCAAGCUGAAGCUGCCACCGAAGAUGAAGGAUCCAGAGGCCGAGGUUAAUCUUCCCGCGGAGGAAAGGCAAUCCCCCAUUCUGAGCUCUGACAUCGGUGAAGAAGAUUGGGGUGAUGAUGACAUUUUUGUGGACACCGCUUCCUCCCAGGCCGAUGAUGGUGCCGACACGCUUGUCCAUGAUGUCGCCAAGGGAGAAGCCUGAUCUCCCUUCUCUUUUUUUCCUAUUGAUAAUAUGUAACGGCCGUAGUGCCUGUAUAUGUAAUGGCCGUUGUGCCCUCCAUUGUGUACUUUUGACUGUUAUGAAUGGAAAUGCUUGGCUACCGAUGCCG